CCCGAGGGUGCGGCGGGCCGCUCAGAGCCUGGUCUCCACGCUGCAAGUCGCCCUCGUUGGACAGGCGCUGCGGGGGAAGAGGCGGCGCUCCGGGAUUCCCUGGCCUGGACACCCAAGAACCGAAAGCGGCGGCCGGGAGGCGGGGAGGAAGGAGAGGGCGGUCUCAGGGUCAGGAGGAGAGGUGUGAGCAGUGCGGGGAAUGUCCACCCCGGGCCUGCGCGCGCGCGAUGGCUCUCCAGCUGGUCCCCCACUUCGACCUGCAGGUGGACGUGCUCCGGUGGCUCCGCGCGGGAACAGAAGGCCGAGGCGAAGGUGUUUUAGAACCAAAUUAUGAGAGCUUACAUGUACUAAAUGUUGAAAGAAAUGGAAACAUUAUUUAUACUUAUAAGGAUGAUAAGGGAAAUGUUAUCUUUGGAUUACAUGAUUGCCGAACCAGACAAAAUGAGCAUCUGUAUACCUUUGAGAAAGACUUGCAAGCUGUCAGUUGCUCUGUCAACAGUGAGAGAACUUUGCUAGCUGCAAGUUUAGUUCAGUAUACUAAAGAGGGAGUAAGGAACGAGCUUCAACCAGGGUCAAAGUGCUUAACUUUGCUGGUUGAAAUAUACCCUGUCAACAAUGUGAAGGUUCUAAAAGCGGUGGAUAGCUGUAUUUGGGUACAGUUCCUCUACCCAUAUGCUGAAAGUCAACCCCUUCCACAGAACCACCUGUUACUGAUUUCAGAAGAGAAAUAUAUUGAACGAUAUCAUAUCCAAAUCACCCAAGAAGAUGGAAAUAGAGUGGUAAUUAAAAACUCUGGUCAUCUCCCAAGAGACAGAAUAGCAGAGGAUUUUGUUUGGGCACAGUGGGAUAUGUCAGAGCAGAGAUUAUACUACAUUGACAUAAAGAAAUCAACAAGUAUCUUGAAAUGCAUCCAGUUUUGUGCUGAUGAGAGCUUUAACUUAAUGUUUGAAAUAUCCUUGGACAUAACAUUAAGUGACUCAGGAUUUAAACUUGUCAACUUUGGAUGUGAUACUUGUCAGGGCCAAGAGAAGUUUGGCAAUCAUCAACCGUCUCUGUGUGUUUUUACCAAUCACACAGGGAGUUUGUGUGUGUGUUAUAGCCCGAAGUCUGACUCUUGGGAACAAAUCACAUAUUCAGUGUUUUAUCUACAUAAAGGAUACAGCAAGACCUUCACUGCUGCUCUUAGGAGUGCUGACUCAUGUGUGACCAAAGGCAUCACUUUUCUCAACAUUGGCUAUUAUGUGGCUGUUUACUUACCUGGUCAUUUCCUUCAUCUACUGAACAUUCAACACCCAGACUUGAUCUGCCAUAGUCUGUUUCUGACAGGAAACAACAAAAUGAUCAAUAUACUUCCUCAUCACCCUUUACAGUCACUGACAGGGUCCCUGAUAUUGGAUCGCUGUUCUGGAAAGCUCUAUAAAGCAUUCCUUAACCAGUCAGAUCUGAUGUGGUUCCUAUGGAACUCCAGCCUCGACUGUGAGAAGAUGGCUGCAUUGCACUGUGUGCUCUCAUGUGGUCGAGACCCUGGUUUCCUGGAAGGCCAGAUUAUUCAAUGGAUUUCUGAGCAUGUCUCUACCUGUCAUUCAUUUGACCUCAUUCAGGAAUUUCUAAUUGCUUCUUCAUAUUGGAGUAUAUACCCAGAGUCGAGCAACAUAGACACACUCCUGCCGUACUCCUCAGUGCUCACUUGGAAUACAGAAAUUCCUGGAAUAACCCUUGUGACAGAUGAGAUCUCCUUGCCACUUAUGAAGGUCCACAGCUUGAAGGGGUACUGGGCAAAGCUGAAUUCCAACCUAGAGUAUGUUAAGUACACCAAGCCCCACUUAUACUAUCACAACAGUAUGGUCAGGAGAGAGUGGCACAACCUGAUCUCUGAAGAGAAAACAGGAAGAAGGUCCACGGUAUAUGUGAGAAACAUUCUUGAUAAUGCAAUUAAGGUGAUUUCUUACAUGGAAACAAGGAAUUUGGAGCCAAGGUUAAUACCUCUCUUUCAAGAGGAAGAUAACCACCAGCGGCUACUCAUGGGUCUGAUGAUGUCUGAGCUAAGAGACCAUCUAUUGAGACACCUACAGGGUAUAGAAAAGAAGAAAAUUGAAAAAAUGGUUCUGGACUAUAUUUCAAAGCUGCUGGAUCUCAUUUGCUGCUUGCUGGAAACCAGUUGGAGGAAACACAGCGUUCAUCCUUGGGUUCUUCACCUUGAUAGGCGUGGCAGUGCUGCAGAUUUUGAAGUCUUUCACCUCAUGACCAGGAUUCUGGAAGCUACUGACAGUUUGUGUUUACCUCUGCCUCCAGGUUUCCACUCUCUGCACACGAUCCUUGGGGUUCACUGUCUCCCUCUGCACAACUUGCUGCAUUACAUUGAUAAUGGAGUGCUGCGGCUCACUGAGACAACUGUCGUAAGGCUUAUGAAAGAUCUGGACAACACAGAAAAAAAUGAAAAACUAAAAUUCGGCAUCAUUAUGCGGCUUCCUCCGCUUAUUGGCAAGAAGAUCUGUCGGCUUUGGGAUCAUCCAGUAAGUUCCAACAUCAUUUCAAGGAAACAUGUGACACGACUGCUUCAGAACUAUAAGAAAGAGCCUCGGAACUCUAUGAUUGACAAAUCAUCAUUCCCAAUAGAAUUUCUGCCUCUGAACUACUUCAUUGAAAUUCUGACAGAUCUAGAGUCCUCCAACCAAGCUCUGUAUGAUUUUGAAGGACAUGACAGUGUGGAUGCAGAAUUCGUAGAAGAAGCUGCUCUGAAGCACACAGCCAUGCUUUUAGGCUUAUAGAGGAGGACACACAGUCAGUCUGCUUUGGAUAAUUCAAUCUUGUGUAAACUUUCCUUUAUUGAGAAUUUUUCAGCAAAUUUGGCAACAAAUCAGAAUAUAUUGAAGAGCCAUUUGAGUUCCAGUUUAGUCCUUGCCCAGAUACAGCAAGCUGCUGUAUCUCAUUCCAGUUUUGAACAACCAAUGAACAGUCAUGGGCAGAGAAGUGGCCAAUAGUCCAAGAACACACGAAGUGGCAUGAACGGUGCUCUUCCUGGCUCAGCAGGCCAAAGCUAGUUUCUACUACACUCCAAAAUAAAACAAAAAAAAAA